AUGUUCGGCGGCAACAGUCACUCUAGCGACAAGACCAACAACCCUGCGCAAACCAGCGGUGCCGACUCGGAUUCUACGUCAUCAGACUCCAAGAAAUCCUCAUCGCCAGACGCCAGCCCGCUCGACGCUCCCGAGAAGACCACGGAUCAGAUAUCUGGCGAGAAGCGCUCCGGGAAUGGCAGCCCUCCCGGGCGCAGCGACAAUGGCAGCUCCGGUGAUAAGAAACGCAGGAGUAGCGGCGUCAGCAGCAAGGCCAGUAGCCUGCUUGCAUCCGCCAAAAACUCCCUGAGCUUUUCUCAAAGCCGGAACAAUGUCGAUCUGAGCGCGCAAUCGCCCAUCCAAAAGCUUGGGAAGCAAGACCCUGCUCUUGCUGUUCCACAAGGCUCGCACAACAACUCGGCGGGUGAGUCUGUACCCGGGCCGAGAUCGACUUUCCGCGUAGGCGUGUGGGAAGACAAGAAUAAGAAGUGCCGCCGGACGAUGGAGGAUACCCAUGCCUUUCUCUACAAUUUCCUGUCCACUCCGGCCACCGUCGCAGAUGUGCCGACAACCGAACAGCCCGAAGAGGCUUCUACGGACGACAUGGCCGAGUCCGACAAUGGCUACUUUGCAAUAUUUGACGGCCACGCAGGCACGUUUGCCGCCGAUUGGUGUGGGAAAAAGCUGCAUCUUCUCCUCGAAGACAUUGUCAGAAAGUAUCCCUACAUGCCAAUGCCCGAGCUGCUGGACCAAACCUUCACUGCUGUCGAUGCGCAGCUGGAAAAGCUGCCCGUGAAGAACAGUGGAUGUACCGCUGCGAUUGCUGUCUUGCGCUGGGAGGACCGCGUCCCCAACGAACGCUCCGCUACUGGGUCUCAGCAUAUUGCGCCUGCUGUCGCCGCCGUCUCCAAGAAGAGCGACGAGGAAAGGCAGUCAGAGAUGGAAAAGGAAACUUCAGAGGUCAGCUUGGCGCCUCCGACCGAGGCGGCCCAUGCACGGCUAAAACCGUCAGCUACGCGCCAGCGCGUGCUAUACACAGCCAAUGUGGGCGACGCUCGCAUCGUCCUCUGUCGUGGUGGCAAGGCGUUACGCCUGUCUUAUGACCACAAGGGCAGUGACGAGAAUGAGGGUCGGAGAAUCGCCAACGCCGGUGGCAUGAUUUUGAACAACCGAGUCAACGGUGUCUUGGCCGUAACGCGCGCCCUCGGCGACGCCUAUAUGAAGGACCUUGUCACGGGCCACCCAUACACGACUGAGACUGUGAUUCAGCCUGAGCAUGAUGAAUUCAUAAUCAUUGCGUGCGAUGGAGUAUGGGACGUAUGCAGCGAUCAGGAAGCGGUCGACUUCAUCCGUAACGUCCAGGACCCGAUCACAGCCUCGAAGAUGCUCGUAGACCACGCGCUGGGUCGUUUCAGCACUGAUAACUUAUCCUGCAUGGUAGUACGGCUCGAGAAGGACGCCACGAUGCAAAGCCUUCGCGAGAAGGGUACCGGCGUCGAGAACGAGAAAGGGGCUGCCAAGAUUAGCGAAGCUGACAAGCUGGUCGGCGAAACGAAGCAAAAGAUCGAGGAUGGGACCAAUCCAGCUAUUGGGGUAUCGGCUAGCAACAGUGGCCGUGGCCACGAUUCAGUGCGUCCCGAGGACUGCUCAGAUGGCUUCGUGCCGACAACAUUGGAUGAUUCUGUGGCAGAGGAAGAGCCUCUGGCUGUUGGCGAGUCGGACAGUCCCGAAGCAACGCCGGGAUUGGAGAAGGGGACGGCUAUCACGGGCAUGGCGGAGGAGAAAGGCCCAGAUAUACAGGGCGAUCCAAAGUAG